AACAAAUGUCAUUAUUAAAUGAUUGUACAAAUACAAGACCUUCUACAAGUAAUGUUUCAAUGAACCAUGAGGAUGAUUCGCACGCGAAUGACUACUUAUUAGAUGAGAACACAGAAGAUGCUUCCUGUUCCACGAGCUAUAUUUUCAAUGACGACACAAGUAGUAGCACAUCAGGUAUUAACAUAAGUGUAUCCGAUAACGGCUGCAGAGGUACUAAACGACGGAGAAAUCUUUCGACUGACGGAGACUUUGACAAGGAUUUAUUAAAAAUUUUAUCUGACACCAACAAACCGCUUGACGGUGUUGACGGUUUUUUAGUGCAACUGGGCGACAUUUUAAGACGACUGCCUUAUAAAAAUCGAAGAAUCGUCCAAAACAAAAUUAUGAACGAUGUUUUACAGGCGGAAGAAGAUGCAGGUCUUUUAUAAAAAAAACGUUUAUUUUAUUUAUGCUAUAUACGUCAGUUAAUAUUUAUCUAAAUUUAUA